CCUCUUUUUUAAAGGGAGGGUGCCACUGUCAGACCUGCUCUUCUCUAGCCGGUGGGGAAAGAAGGCAAACUUUGUUCCUAACUCUCCCUGUUUGACACCAACUUGCGUUAGGGACAACGUUAAACCACCAAAGUGUAUUUUUCAGCUUCUACCCCACGUCAACAGUGAAGGCUCAGAGAAGAGGCGUUCUCGCGACCACCAGGGGACGAUAGCCAUGAAGUGGGGCUGGGUGUUUUUGGGGGUCUUCCUAACCUUGGGGACCCUGUCCUGGGGGGAGAAGGGCUUGGAGAUCCCUGAGUAUGAUGGAAGAGACCGUGUCCAUGACCUCAAUGCCAAGAACUACAAGUCUGUCAUGAAGAAGUACGAUGUGAUGGUGAUCUACUACCACAGAAAUGUGGAUCGCAGCCGUAGUGCCAUGAAGCAGUUUCAAAUAGAGGAGCUGGCUUUGGAGUUGAUCACAAGUCAAGCAGCAAUUAUCUUUCAGCUUGCGGCCCAAGUUCUGGAUGAUCUUGAUGAUGAGGACAUUGGAUUCGGCCUGGUGGAUGAAAAAAAGGACUCUGCUGUUGCCAAGAAGCUGGGUCUGGAUGAGGUGGAGAGCAUCUAUAUCUUUGCUGACAAUGAGAUCAUAGAAUACGAUGGGGAGCUGGCUGCCGAUACCCUGGUUGAGUUCCUCUAUGAUGUGAUUGAAGACCCCGUGGAGAUCAUUGACAACGAGCGUGAGCUGAAGGGUUUCCACAACAUCGAUGAGGUCAUCAAGCUGGUUGGCUAUUUCAAAAGCGAGAAAUCUCCUCACUACAUUGAGUAUGAUGACGCUGCUGAGGAGUUCCACCCCUUCGUCAAAUUCUUUGCUACAUUUGACGCCAAGGUUUAAAUUGUUUGUGUGGAUUUAUGUUUGUAUGUGAACACAAAACUGUGAAUUUAUGUUCUUGGGUUUAUGUGUUAUUUAUAGAUG